GCACAACUUCCUGAGCGUCCUAUUUCAGUGUAUGCCAGUUCCCGUGAUCCUGAACUUCGACGCGGAGUGCCAGCGGACCAACCAGGUCCAAGAAGAAAAUGAGGUUCUGCGCCAGAAGCUUUUUGCAUUGCAAGCCGAAAUCCACCGACUAAAGAAAGAGGAGCAACAGCCAGAAGAGGAAGAGGCCUUGGUCCAACACAAAUUGCCUCCAGCCAUGGUGUGCAACCAGAGGAACACCUCCCUCUCUCAGUCACCUCGUGGGGGCUUCCUGUCCUCGCUGCUGCCACAGAGUAAGAAGAGCCCUUCAAGGUUGUCACCUGCUCAGGGGCCCCCUCAGAUUCAGAGCUCGGCCAAGAAAGACUCCUUCAGCAGCCAGGUGGCCAGGGGAAAGGAUCCUGCGUGCGGGCCCAGGGAAGGGAAGAGCCCAUUCAGCGGGCUGGCUGCCGGGGAGUCCAGCUGGUCACAGCACCGGCAGCGGCGCCUGCAGGAUCAUGGCAAGGAAAGGAAGGAGCUUCUUUCUAUGACUUUGCAGGGCACAGAGAAGAAGCCCGAGGCCAGUGGCCCAGAAGCAGAGUCCUGCCCCGAACCCCACGUGGAGGUACCGGACAUGCUGACUCGGGCUCCUGUGUCAGGCCCUGAGGGCGCAGGGGUCCGCCCUGAGCAGCCCUUCAUCGUGCUGGGGCAGGAGGAGUACGGGGAGCACCACUCCUCCAUCAUGCACUGCAGAGUGGACUGCUCCGGGAGGAGGGUCGCCAGCUUGGACGUGGAUGGGGUCAUAAAGGUGUGGUCCUUCAACCCCAUGAUGCAGACCAAAGCAUCCUCCAUUUCCAAGUCACCGCUGUUGUCUUUGGAGUGGGCCUCCAAGCGCGACAGGCUGCUCUUGCUGGGCAGUGGCGUGGGGACAGUGCGCCUUUACGACACGGAAGCCAAGAAGAAUCUCUGUGAAAUCAACAUCAAUGAUGACAUGCCCAGAAUCCUGUCCCUCGCGUGCAGCCCCAAUGGGGCCUCUUUUGUCUGUUCGGCUGCGGCUCCGAGCCUCGCCUCCCAGGGGGACUUCUCAGCACCAGACAUCGGCAGCAAGGGCACCAACCAGGUUCCCGGGAAGCUGCUGCUGUGGGACACGAAGUCCAUGAAGCAGCAGCUCCAGUUCUCCCUGGAUCCAGAGCCCAUUGCUAUCAACUGCACGGCCUUCAAUCACAAUGGGAACCUGCUGGUCACUGGGGCGGCUGAUGGCGUCAUCCGGCUGUUUGAUAUGCAGCAGCACGAGUGCGCCAUGAGCUGGAAGGCACACAGCGGGGAGGUGUACUCGGUGGAGUUCAGCUACGAUGAGAACACCGUGUACAGCAUCGGCGAGGACGGGAAGUUCAUCCAGUGGAACAUCCACAAGAGUGGCCUCAAGGUGUCCGAGUCUGGCCUCCCUGCGGACGCCUCGGGCCCCUUCGUGCUGUCCGGUUACAGCGGCUACAAGCAGGUUCAAGUCCCCCGGGGCCGACUCUUCGCUUUUGACUCAGAGGGAAAUUAUAUGCUGACGUGUUCUGCCACAGGAGGCGUCAUCUACAAGCUGGGCCGGGACGAGAAGGUUCUGGAAAGCUGCUUGAGCCUGGGCGGUCACCGAGCCCCUGUGGUCACUGUGGACUGGAGCACAGCCAUGGACUGCGGGACCUGCCUCACUGCCUCCAUGGACGGCAAGAUCAAGCUGACCACCCUACUGGCCCACAAGCUCUGAUGGGAACUGCCCCGAGGGACACCCACGGGAUGAUGGGACUUGCCCCGAGGGGCACCCACAGAAACAGUGUUAUUUGGUGUGGGGAGGGGAGAAGGGGGUGGACAGGAACACAGGAUGUUCAACCUCGGCCCCUGCCACUGCAGGGAAUCUUCAGGGAAAGACUGUCCAGCUGCUGUGACCAGAGUGGGGGGCCUGUGGGGUACGGGGUGCAGCUCCCCAGGGCUGACUCCCCAGGGAGACUCAGGAAGCAGGAGAAGCACUGUGAUGGCCUCUUUGUUGGCCAAGGAAAGAUUGACAGUAUUUUGUAUAUAGAUGCUCAGUUUUCAUUUUUUUUUUUAAAAAAAAGAAUGCACUUGUCAG